CGUGUGCACUGAGGAAGGGACCACGUAUCACCGCACCAGAGAAUAUUGUGAAGUGGUGCUGAUUCAUCUGGAGCCUACGGAGACAGAUGCAAGGCAUGAAUUUUACAGGAAUGACUGGUGUUGGGAGCCAACAUGUCACAGUACAAGCUGACUUACUUCAACCUGCGAGGGCGAGCAGAAAUCAGCCGCUACCUGUUUGCCUACUCGGGCAAGAAGUAUGAAGACCACAGAAUAGAAGCAGCAGACUGGCCCAAAAUCAAACCAACUAUCCCAUUUGGCAAACUCCCUAUUCUGGAAGUAGAUGGAGUUAUCAUUCACCAAAGUCUGGCAAUGGCAAGAUACCUUGCCAGAGAAUCAGGUCUGGCAGGUCAGACGCCUGUGGAACAGGCACUAGCUGAUGCCAUUGUGGACACCAUAGAUGACUUCAUGACACUGUUCCCGUGGGCAGAGAAAAACCAGGACGUGAGAAAAAAAGCAUUUGAUGACAUCCUCACCAACAAAGCACCUGAGUUACUGAAAGACUUGGAUACUUUCUUAGGGGAUAAAAACUGGCUGGUAGGGAAUUCUGUAACAUGGGCCGAUUUCUACUGGGAUGUGUGCAGUACAACACUUCUGACCUGUAAACCUGACCUGGCAGACAAAUACCCCAGGCUUUUGGCUCUCAAAGAGAGAGUACAAGCACUUCCAGCUAUUGCAGCCUGGAUCCAGAAAAGACCAAAGACUGUAAUGUAGAUCAGCUGUUCAGAAAAACAUAUACAUGUUUAGUUUUCAAUGUGACAAGCAUCCUAAGUUAUUAACUCCAGAAUCAUUUGUAAACUUCAGACAGGUACGCUGCAUCAAAUCAAAAUCUACCACUUUUUCUGGGAGAGAAUCUAAAAUACUGAUUUGGUAGAGUAAUAAAUACUGUUUUGAAGAGGUGUGGUUUCAAUCACAUUCCCCCGCUACUAAUGCAGUGCUUGAUCAAACCAAUUAAUGUUUUAGCACGCUCAAAUGGAGAUGAAUAAACCCUCCUGGAGAGGUGCAAUCUCAACAAUACUUUGACCCACUUGGUCAAUAAAAUUCAAGAGACUAUAGAAAGUGUUUGAGAAGCUCGAAGUUUGUGCUCUGCCACUGA